GUUUGUAUAUCGCCCUAAUGCUCUUUUUUACACCACUUAUAACUAAAUUCCUCGACGAGGAUCCAUUUCAUUUCAAGCCUCAUAAAGGGGCUAACGAACUAGAACGACGUGAAUGGCAACCUUAAAGGUUGUUUCUACGGUUAUCGGCAUCGUUAUUACCAUUGAGAUAACAGACCAAUUUACAGUCUGGCGGCUAAUGUUAGUCUAAAGCAGGUCAUAAUUUCUCUUCUCUGAAUCCUAUGACAAAAUAAGGGGUUCCUAUUGUUUUUUUUAAAGAAAACGCUUUGUCACACCAAGCAUACGCCUUUUUAGACAUGUGACAAAUACGCUAAGCUCGAUUGAGAUUAACAACAUGCCAUAAGCAACACUUAAGUUUCCAAGUGUCUAUUCACGACGCCGUGAAAAGUAUCACAAAAGAAUUUAAAAAAUAUUUUACCAUCUAUUGUGCAACAAAAUCUGAUAAACGUUACAGUUCGUUUCGUUGUCUUAGUUCUUCAACGGCCUGUGAGCUGGCUGACCUAGCACUGAGGUCACAUACUUUGCAUCCUUAACACCUGAAGAGCGUCACCGUCCCGCGGAAGUGCGAAAGUGGGGGAUUGACUGGAGAAAAAAAUGAAACAGGCAUCGUAUUAGUAUUAGCAGCAGCCAGAGACGCCAUUGCCUGCUUGAGAACUCUUCUAUUACUGAUUUUAUUAUAUAAGUGCAAGGGUUCGUACAAUCCGUAUAAUAUUGUGGUGCCAAGAUGUCUAAGGCACUCAAAGAAGAUAAAAAAGAUGACAAAGAUGCGAAAAGUAUGCUGGCAAUUGUUGUGAAGAUCUUAGGAGAGCCCGAUGUCAUGAAGCUCGUUACCGUACCUAUUCCGGAAAUCGAGCCAAAUCAGGUUUUGGUCAGGGUGGAAUACGCUGGUGUUAACCCAGUGGACACAUACAUACGUUCUGGGGCUUUUGGAAAAGUUCCUUCACUACCCUAUACUCCUGGAAAGGAUGGUGCUGGCAAAAUCGUCAAAGUUGGCUCAGGUGUCACCGCUUUUAAGGUAAAUGAUCUGGUGUGGUUCUGUGCUGCACAAACCAAUCCUCAUGGUUCCUAUGCGGAGUUUGCUGUUGUUGUUUGGACGGACUGUUGGCUUCUACCAAAAAAUGUUGGACUGAAAGUUGGUGCAGCUCUAGGAGUCCCCUACCUCACUGCCUAUAGGGCACUCAUUGUGAAAGGUAAAUGUAAAGCCGGGCAGACUCUUUUCGUGCACGGCGCCAGUGGUGCUGUGGGUCAAGCAUGUGUCCAGAUUGGUAAAAGGGAGGGCCUUAAAGUGGUGGCAACUGCCGGCAGUGAGUGUGGAGAGGAAACCCUUCGAAGUCUUAAGGCGGACGCGGUUUUCAGCCAUCGUGAGAAAGGAUACGUAGACUAUGUUCGAGAUAAAUUUCCGGAUGGAUUUGAUCUCAUCGUAGAGAUGAGAGCGGACAUCAAUCUCGGACCUGACUGCAUCUUGGCUACCAGACAGGGAAAGAUAUUGGUGGUUGGGAAUCGGGGACCAACGCAUACGCUCAACGCACGCCACAUUAUGACGUCUGAACUUUAUGUCAUUGGUGUAUCUCUUAUGCAAGCGACAAGAGGUGAAUGGGAUGCUGGAGCAGCCUAUGUUUGCAAAGGAGUAGCCGAUGGAUGGCUGUUGCCUCGAAUUUCAAAGGAAUAUCCUUUAGAAGAAGCUCCGCAGGCGCAUACCGAUAUUACUGAGGCGAAGGAAGGUGCUAACGGGAAGCUGCUGUUGAAAAUUUACGACGAUUAAUUCCUAAACGUUUAAUUCUUGUUACUAUGUUCCUUCACACGAUUUUCGUAAUAUGGAAACAGCAGCGAAUAUAACGCUAUUUUGACGUCAAGAUAGUGUGGAAUAAAGCAUGUUUUAAAUACUGCUGGAUGCUUCAU